CCUUGAUUUGCGCGGGUCCCGUCGUCAACGAAAGUGGGCGGCUUAUCUCGCAUUUAACUAUCCGAAUCUCAGAGUCAACGGUCGGUUCUCGUGUCUCGUGGUAUCAGUCAGCACCACCGAGCUCCGGAGUCGUCGCGAAAAAUCCCGCGGUGAGUCUCUCUCUCAUUCGACGAUCGGUUUUUCCGUUUCUCAUUCUCAAUAAUCGUUGGUUAUCUUGUUCCUCUUCUGUGAACCUGGUACGCGCGCCUGUUUGUCGCGGCGACGUUCAGACUUCACCCGAUUUCGCGCGGGAAACGACUUUGUCGUGUUCGCGAUAUCUCCGGUGAAGGAAACGGCGAGUGAUUGACGACGUCCUGUUGUGUUUCUCGCACAGCCGGUCUCGCCUAGGAUUUUCUUCCCGGCCUUUAAUUCUCCGCCGUGACAACCAACACCAGCGCAUCCUUCUGCCGAAUAAUCACGAGAGAGGAAGAGAGAGAGAGACCGUUGACAAGUCGCGUUUUGAGUUUUCGCGAGAAGUCAGCGUCGCGCUCCUCGUGAUCACAUCGAGUUUUCGAGACUUUGCGUUUCGCAUUUGCUCUCUCCGUAAUUCAUCGUGAGCCCCGUGUCGAUACGAAUUCGAGAAGCGAGACUCGGCGCUGUCUCACGUCUACGCAAAGUGACGCUCUCUCACUACUAACGAAAUUAAUACCGUCGUCGCGAUGGAAGAGGAGGAGGCACGCACCAUCGUGGGAGUCUGCGAGGGAUCGCUCGAGAUGGACGCAUCGCCGAUGUCGAAUAUCGUCAGCGGUCUGUCCAAGUCGACACUGGACUCCGGCGGCGGUGCGAAGACGCACCUUCAGCGCUCGCGAGGUAGCUUUGGCGCCUCUUAUCGGAUGAACGGUUCGAAGAGCGAAAAGUUUUCACAUAUCGCAAAAACGGGCACGACUUAUCCUCUAUUAGUCGACGAGAAUUACCGUGUAAUUAGUCCAAAUAAACACGAUGGUUUUAGAAUUGAAGAACACGAAAAGGAGAAUGGCGGCGCCACCAACUUGUACAAAUCUACUCCGCAGAAGAUUUGCUGCAAUAACAAUGUACGCUAUCCUCUGGAGAACUGCGACGUGAUCUGCAACAGGCAGGAGAAGCAGCAUCAAUUUCACGCCGCCGUGGUUGUCGGUACUCCAGCGUCGCGACGCACACUGAAUCCGCAGUACAGUCCGAUGAUUCGGUCCCCGCUUUCAGUCACCUCUCAAACCAUGACCGGGCAGAGAAGCAGCGUGGGAUCGACCUUUCUGCGUAGUCUGUCAUCGGGAUACGAGAGCAUGGACGACGGGCUACUUAGCGAGCUCGUCGACAUAGACACCAUGGACUACGAGACGCAGUUGCCUAGUGACAUCUCCAAGUUGCUGUCCGGCAACAUUGUCGCGCCCGAGACGUCAGCAAACGAUUUCGACGACGUCUCGAUGUCGCCUCAAUUCUCUCGAUCUCUUACCGAAGGCAAACCGUGGGUGACGAAUUACAUGAGAGAGAGAUUCGAUAAUUGCAAACAGAAGGAGAUCUCUAUAUCGCCGUCGCCGUCAGAAUCGUCGUUGUCGUCGUCGUCGCCGUCGUUGUCACGAAUUCGCACCUGUCUGUUUCGCUCGCCCUCGACGGAUUGCUCGACGCGAGUAAGGCAGUACAGAUUGCGAAAGUCUCCCGCGGAACAUUUGGAUUAUUAUUUCCAUUCGCCGGCUAACAGCAGAUCUAGCAAACGAUCAAACGAGUCGCCGAAGGACGACGCGUCGAUAUACAAGAAGAGAUCGCGCAAAUGCAACAGCUUCUGCGAUACCACUCCCAAAUCUUCGAACACGAGGAUACUAGCGCGCACGAAGAUCCCGUUGCAGCGAAGUCUGUCCGAGACGGAAGCGCACGCGAUUAAGCGCGCGGUUCAUCGCAGUGCCACCGAUUCCGAUCUCACCGGCGACUUCAGCAAACCGUGUGUGUUGCCGAUUAUCAUCGGCCAUCAUCCGGACCUGAAGAUCAUCUCGCCUAGCACGUUGGCGGCGCUGUUGCGCGGCGAAUUCGGCGAUCGCAUCGCUUCCUAUCAGAUCAUCGAUUGCCGAUAUCCAUACGAGUAUCAAGGCGGACACAUCGAGGGCGCGUUAAAUCUCUACAACACGGAGCUAAUCACCGAGAAGCUUCUCGAUCCCAUAACCGCAGUCGUUCCCCAAAUCUUGGACGAUACCGACAAACGCAACAUCCUGGUGUUCCACUGUGAGUUCUCGCGUGAACGCGGACCAAAUUUGUCGAGGGUCCUGCGUAGACUCGACCGCGAGCGGAAUAAGGAUCAUUAUCCCGCUCUGCACUAUCCCGAGAUCUACUUGUUACACGGUGGUUACAAAAAGUUCUACAACGAGCAGAAAGAGUUCUGCUCGCCGCAGGAUUACAAAUCUAUGAAGGAUCCGGAACACGCGGACGAGUUCAAGUUCUUCCGCGGUAUCUACAAGAGCAAGAGCUGGAUGGGAGAGCAGAAGUCGAAAGCGAGUCUGCCGACACGACCGAAUCUCAAGCGUUUAGGCUUUUAAAGCGGACGCUUGUCCGUACUUAAUCUGUGUUCGAUUUAACAAGUAAAGUUUAAACAUUUUAUCAUUCGUCUAGUCGCUAAAGUGCGCUGAGUUGUUUAACGUUGAACGUUUUUUUGCAGUAGUAUGAUCGUACAAUUGGUAUGUAAAAGGUGCGCGCGCUAUGCGCGUUGAUGAGGUGCAAACAUCGUUAGAAAAAAAAAAAAAAAAAAUUGACUGACUCGGGGAAAUUACUCCACGAGCACUUUGUACAUGAUGUAAAUUUUAGAUUUUAGAUUUUAAUCGAUCUUAUUAGAAAAAAAAAAAAAAAAAUAUUAUACAAGGCGCGCUUAAAUAGUUUAAGAUAGAUCGCUGAGAGAAAGAGAGAAGAUCGAUUACAAUCUAUCUGCAUAUAUAUCAUACUGCCAUACUUAUAUCACUGCCAAUCUUAAUUGUGACAACGGUAGGCUAUUAAUGAUGACAUCUCACACCGCGGCCUGUUUAUGUAUCACAUCGAGAUCGAAGUUUUUGUACAUAAAAAUUUACAAAUCAGGCAGAUCCUCGUAAAAUUCAGGCCAAAUUCGGUAAUUAAGUAUACAAUGAACAAUUGAACAUUGCAAUAUUUCUGUUUGUCGAUCCGAGAAACAAGCAGAUCGUAAUCUUGCGAAUCGACAACAUUUAUAAAUUGUUCUUUAAAAUAAUGUUUAUCAAGCCUCGGACGGCUAUCACUUUGUGUAUAUAGAUAUAAAUGAUAUCCCGAGAUUUUUGAUCAGCUCAGCCACGUCGAUCUGUUUCUCGGCACUGCUUUGUUAAUUCUAAUUUUUUUUCUUUUUUUUUUUCUUUUUUUUUUUUUUUUUUAGCAAAUAGCUUUACGGUCGACGCUGUGAAUAGCCUCAAGUAUUAUCAACUUGUCGUUGCAAUUCGUAC